AUGCUGGGCGGCGCUUUCGAUGCGGAUCUAUGGCAGGGGCUCGUCAUGCAAGUCGCCGACACUGAGCCGACCGUGCGGCACGGCGUCUUCGCUCUCGGAAAUCUUUUCAGGCAUCAUGGCGUCUCGGACGGCAUGUCAGAAUGCGUGUGCCCUCGUUGUCGACAAGCAUUGCGGCACUACAACAAGGCCAUUUCUUCCUUUGCGGAAUAUAUGCAACGGCCACCCGAUCGGCAGGCGAUUGAUGUGGCUCUGCUGUCAUGCCUAAUCUUUAUCUGUAUCGAAUCUUAUCGGCUGAACGACAAGACAGCCAUCUCUCUCAUCUCAAAGGGAUGCGGCAUGAUUGUGGAAGCCAGGCCAAGAGCACAGGAAACUCAGACCAUCGCGGUUGAUUCGGUGCUACGGAAUCAGUUCGACCGACUGUGGCUGCUUUCGAGCAUGUUCGGACACCAUAUACCUCGUCCGUCACAAAGACCUGCUCCGUCGAUACUUACCGCUGCCGAGCUCCCCAUUACUGGCACUGUGCAGACAGCAAGAGAUCGCUUGCACGGGAUUAUAAUACUCGUCCAAAGCCUCAGGCUCCGAGUGUUUCGGGCUCAAAUGAAACCAAUGGCCGUCUCGGAGUGGUCUGCGACGAUAACCGCCCUUCAGGAAGAGCAACAAACCGUCUUACUUCUGUUGGAGAGCUGGCACAGCGACUUGCAAGGCCUGAUCGACCGACAGGGUCUGCACUCUUUCCGCAAUUCCCAAGCCUGGUCGAUCUUGACCGUCCAUUGGCUGAUCACCAAAAUCAGGGCCGGCGCAAGCACGGACCCUUCGAAGACAGACAGCGAAGAUCAGUCCGAAGACUACAGAAAUCUCGUGGCCGUCGCUGAAGAAAGUCUCAUGCAGCAUUCACAGGACUGCGAAGCGAACAACUUCUCAUUCGAGCCUGGGUUUCUUCCAGCCCUCUAUCUCACGGCGCGCAAAUGUCGGGACUCACUCAUCCGGAGGAAGGCUCUCGAGUUGAUGUCCCUCGCAGGAGGGAAAGAAGGCUUGUGGUACAGGUCUGAACUAAGAUGCAUUGCGGCGAGAGUCAUCGCACUGGAAGAGGGUCUCGCUGUGUUAGACUCACAAGACCAGCUAGGGUCGGUUGAUCAGAAGCCCGUUCGCUUCUAUGAUAUUCUCGCCGACCUGAACUACCGCCACGGUGGAAGGACGUACGUCAACGUUACGUAUCUGAUGUAUGAUGCAGACAGUGACUCGCGCUGGCGAACCGCGCGAGAGACGUUGACCAUUACGGAUUGA